UAAGAAGUCAAAGAGCAAAAGUAAAUUGAAAAAUAGAAGAAAGAAGAAGAAAUCAACCACAAUUAUGACGUUUAUUGUUUUCAUUGGAUGACUUACUUUUAACAAAAAUUUAGUAUCUUUUUGAGUGAGGUACAUGAACAUCUGUUCGGUCCUAUUAUAGUGAAGUGGUUUGAAAAAAGUUUUGUAUAUUUUUAAAGGGACGUUAUGUUACCUGUAACUUUGCUUAAGUAAGCUGCAAAGAUGCUAGAAGAAUUUGUGUUGAAGGGGCCAAUUUUCACAGAUAGGUGAAAAAUUAUGGAAGAAUAUGAAGAUGAACCAGAUUUAAAUGAACAAAUUUUUCACAAUAACGUUAGGGAGCAAAUAAUCUUCCUUCUGCUCUUUAUCAUCUUAUACCUCUUCAGUUUUGCCCUGCUGUGCAGAUUCAAACGUGGAGGCAAGGAAGACUACUUCAGCACCGACGAAGAUGAGGUCACUGUAUACAGGAUCAGCACAUGGUUGUGUUCGUUCUCUCUCGCCGUAUCUAUAUUGGCGGUACUCCUUCUCCCGAUAUCUAUCGUCUCGAAUGAAGUGCUGGUGAAUUGCCCCAACAGCUAUUACAUUAAAUGGCUGAAUUCGUCUCUUAUACAGGGAUUGUGGAACUACGUGUUCCUAUUCUCCAAUCUCUCGCUGUUCAUCGCACUACCGUUCGCCUAUCUCUUCACGGAAUCCGAAGGUUUUUUCGGGCAUCGCAAAGGACUGAUGGCGCGAGUGUACGAAACGUUUACCGUGCUGGGACUCUUAGGACUCGUCGUCUUAGGAAUGACCUACGUGAUAUCAGCGCUUAUCGAUAAGGAUAAGUCCAGUAUUCAAACUAUUCUCAGUUUUUGGACUUACUACUUGCCAUUUUUAUAUUCAUGCAUAUCAUUCUUUGGGGUAUUGAUGCUACUAGUGUUCACACCAAUGGGUUUCGUUCGGCUCUUCGACGUGGUGGGCCAGUUUCUCGUCAAACCCCAAUUCCUCCGCGACGUCAACGAGGAAUACUUCGCUUGCUUUCUGGAAGAGGAAUCGCUGCGUAGACGAUUAAAGCAAGCCAAAAAAACCGGCAAAUCGUACGUGGAUCCGGCGCCGAUGUACGUGGGACUCGAAAGUAUAAUCAAAGAGGACGAUUACAAGCUGCCCGAACACCUGUUGACGUUACGGAAUGGGGAGCUACAGUUCGGGUUGAAAAAAAGACUGACCGAAAUCGAGAAGAGGAGAAGCAAAUUAGAUAAACAGAGACAAACUUCUUCGCUUAGAAGAAACGUCGUUUAUCCAAUAGCGAUGCUGCUACUUCUCGGUUUAACAGUAAUAGCUGUUCUAUUAGUAGUACAAAACACUUUAUCUUUACUAAUUGGUAUCAAAGCUUUACCUACCAGCUCAAAGCAAUUUACUCUAGGAGUAAGUUCAUUAUCGAAGCUAGGACCAUACGGAGCAGCAUUAGAAAUAGUACUGAUAGUAUAUUUAAUAGUAACUUCAUCGAUAGGGUUAUACACGAUGCCCUGCAUGAAAAGAAUUAGACCAAAGCCGAGAAGUACGCCUUUCAGUAUCGUGAUCGGAAAUUGCGCCCUUCUCGUCAUCAUAAGCUCUGCACUGCCUUUGUUAUCCAAAAUUUUAGGAAUUACGAAUUUUGAUCUAUUGGGCGACUUCGGUAGCAUAGAAUGGCUCGGCAAUUUCAAGAUCGUCUUGCUGUACAACAUUCUCUUCGCCACCGCGUCGACGCUGUGCGUCGUCAACAAGUUCACAGCCAAAGUUCGUCGCGAACUAUACAAUCGGUUAGUCGAGAACUAUCUGUUUCUAGCUAACUGCGUUUCAUUCAUCAACUAAUACCGAAAAAACGCUAAAAUUAGAUGAGAGCGAAAUUUAUUUGGAACUAUUGAUAUAUUGGCGGAUAUUUUGUUGAGAAAUUUAAGCCUGAAUUUUUAAGCUAAGGAUUAAAAACAUUUUUAUAAGAAAGAUUGAAAUUCGUUUCAAAAAAUUGCCUCUAAUUCCAUAUGUUUCCAGUAAAACUGUUGUACAAUAAUGAUGAAUUAAU